AUGCCAGACAAGGUAAAAGUAGUAAUAGUCGGUGACGAAGGCGUGGGCAAAUCAGCACUCAUCCUACGGCUCUGCCUCGAUCACUUCUCCGGCACACAUGAAGCCACAGCGGACGACAGUAUCCGCAAGUCCACCGUAGUCGACGGUCAAGAAUGCAUCCUCGAUAUCAUAGAUACAGCCGGCCGAGAGCAAUAUGCGACGCUGAUCGAAGAAUGGAUUCGACAGGGUGAAGUCUUCGUUUUGGUUUUCGACGUCGCAUCCCGGGAAUCAUUCACCCAUGUUCGGAAAUACUACGAUCAGGUCCGAAAGAUCAAGCAGGUUGUAGAUGACCACUCGAUAAACCCACCUGCUACACAUCCGGGCGCGCCGUUUUUUGCGCCUUUGAUCUUGGUCGGGAACAAGAGUGACCUGCAACAUAAGCGGGCCGUGUCGGAAACGGAGGGCAUGGAGCUCGGUAAAGAGUUGUGCGGCGAGUAUGUUGAGGCUUCAGCUAGGGAUAAUGUUAAUGUUGAGGCGGCGUUCAAUAAAGCGGUUCGAAAUAUUCGAGAGCGCCGAUAUGAAGCUGAACAUUCGCUGUUUCCGCAGGCUGAUGGGGUUGCGACGACGCCAAAACGGUAUAGGCCGUUUCAUCCUGGUAGCUGUAGAUGUGUUGUGCUUUAA